AUGCACGCCCAGUGCAGUCGGAUCAUCGUGAUGGAGUCCGCGCUCAACCACAACUCCCUUUUCCAGACCAUCGGACGGAUCCACCGCCUCGGUCAGCGCGACGAGCAGCGUGCGUGGCUACUCUUUAUGGACCACACCAUCCAACGGUAUAUGGAGUUUAACAACACCACGAAAAUCCUCCCGCAGAUCGCGGCACAGUACCGCCCCUUCCUCGAACGGCAGGUCUCGCCUACCGUGGAUGACCGGGACCAGAGGAUUGAGCGGCUCGCUAACCAGCUGCUCAGCCACAUGCUUGGUAUCGGCGCCGACUAUGCGGAUCGCCUCACCAUGGAGGACUAUAAAGACCUCGGGUU